AUGGCUAAACUCCUACACUUCUUUGGUACAAUCUUCAUUCUCAUAUCUUUCGUAGUUUUUCCAAUUAUCGGAAAAAAAGAAGAAUAUGCGUUCGAAAAAUCUAUAAAUAGAGAGUCCGUGAGUCUAAAAAGGGAAAAACUUAGCCAUUUCAAAUUUUAUUUUCAUGAUAUCCUUAGUGGCACGAAACCAACAUCAAUUAUGAUUGUACCACCACCAAAAAACACCGCAAAAACGGGUUUUGGCAUAGUCAACAUGAUAGAUAAUGCUCUAACCCUAGAACCAAAAUUGAGUUCCAAGAUUAUUGGAAGGGCACAAGGGUUUUAUGGCUCGUCUUCAUUAAGUGAAUUGAGUUUAUUAAUGAUCAUGAAUUUUAAUUUUAUUGAAGGGAAAUAUAAUGGUAGCUCGUUAGCGGUGCUCGGUCGGAAUUCGAUAGUCGAGACGGUCCGCGAGAUGCCGGUGAUCGGCGGUAGUGGGCUUUUCCGAUUCGCUAGAGGGUAUGUUCAAGCAAAGACUAUCUCAUUGAAUGUGAAAACUAAGGAUGCUAUUGUUCAAUAUGAUGUUUAUGUGUUACACUAUUAAUAUUCAACUAAUCGUUCU